AUGUGUGUAAGGACUGUACGUCGAAUUUCGUAUCUUCUUCCUCCCCAAUUCGAAAGCCCUCCAAAUGGCAGUCUACUCACGCCGAAUGCCGACGCGCUGACCUGUGAUUGGUCCAUAUGCUCUAAUCAGAGCGCGACGCGUCGGCAGGACGCCCCCUCUCGACCGACAUGCUGGGAAGCCGGCGAGCCAAGCCGCAGCCAUCAAAAGAGGCCAGAGCCUCGAAUAGAAUCAAUCAGCCAAUCAAAUCGCGCAGCGCUAGAGGCCCAGUGUUCUGAUUGGUGGACAAGACAAGCGCAGGAACAUCUUCUCGCCGUCCUGUCUUGGGCGUUAUUGCGUCUGCGUAAAGGACCAAUCAGGGCACGGCGCGUCCACCAAUCAGCCUCAUGCCAGCCUCCACCGGCCUCUCGAAAGGCCAGCUUGCAUGCCGCACUAUUUGCCCUCCACCAACUCAUGCAAACUAGCAAAUUGCAACUGUUUCAAAUUACGUCGCACGUAGACGCUGGUUCAGGCGGGAUUCGGAAGAAACAAGACCGAGUUGGGCCUGAGCAUGUUUGUCCGCCGAAGGAGAACGACAAAAUGGGCAGUUUCCACGAGAGUCCGUCUUAA